AUGGAGUUUCGAGCUCGCCCUUUCAAUAUGGAGACCGUAUUCGCACAAAAGAAGAGAAAACAAACAAAGAAGCUGCGCGGUCCAGACUCACCUCUCUAUGUGUCUAUCUGGCCGAUGGUCUAUGUCGUGCGAGUGUUCGGCCUCGCUCCUUACGAUUUCUUGCAAGAUCGUCUAGUGCCAUCAAACACCUAUCUGAUUUUUUCGGCCACCGCUGCCAUACUCUACACAUGUAUAUUUUACAUGGUGCUCCACGGGACUUCUGUAGACAAGCUUUUCCGCGGAGCUAUUGAUGGAACAGAAAACACGAAGAUGAUCAUCAACUACGUCGUGACGAUAUACGGAUUGGGGUUGACGGUAUUUACGAGACGCAGCUUCACUAAAACGUGGAACGCGCUGCAAGAUUACGACGAGGAUGUCAGACAGCUUGGCUAUCCACGCAAAGAGAAGCAGACCGCGAUUGUCGCGUGGAUUGUCGCUGUUAUUUCCACAGUCAUCUGGGUUGCCAUAAAUCGUAUUGGCAUGUACGCCUUUUUCGAGACAUGGGCUUACAAUACGGGAUACUUGAUUGUCUACGUUGGAAACUCAAUUGCUGUCUAUAAAUUUGUAGCGACGGCUUUCUUUCUAGGCCAACGGUUUCAUCAUCUCAAUGCGAUGGCGAUAAAAAAUUUACCGUCUACAUCGAGAAAUAAGAAUGUUAUCACAAUUAGCAAAACGACAAUUCGGAAUCUGCACAACGAUCUGAUGGUCGCUGCAGAAAACUUGGAAUCAAUAUAUUCGUGGUCACUACUUUUCUGGCUUGGCAAUCUUGGACUACAUAUCGUCAGCAACAUAUUUCAUAUAGUAGUGUGGAUACUCGAAAGUGGACAUGAGGAGACCAGGAAACCAAUAUCGUGGCCGCUAGUAUACUGCUUCUGGGUGUUAGCGUUUCUUCUCCAGCUUCUAUUACUUCAUAUUGCCUGCCACUAUGCUUCCUCUCAAGCUAAUUACAUAAGUAUAAUUCUUAUGGAAUGGCAAGUUAAAUUGAUGAAAAGAAAUGAAUACGUGGAAUCAUUGUUGCAAUUCCAAAAUCGAAGACUCAACUUUUCUGCCGGCGGAUGCUUUUGUGUAAACUUGCCUUUAUUACACUCUAUUGCCGCUCUAUUAACUACAUAUCUCGUUAUACUAUUGCAACUUCCAAAAUAA